CCCUGGCAGUCACUCGAAUGGACCAUCCUGGUCCAGAUUUUCGAGCAUGCCGCCUACCCUGCCGACACCCGGACGGACGUCCGCUGGCUGCUCGCGGCCGGCCUCACGUGCAAGGCAUUUCUAGGCCCUGCCUUGAAGGCCUUGUACAAAUGUCCUAUGCCGCAAGUCAUCUCCAUGAAUAUGGGAAACAAGUUCGCCAGCCUCAUCCGCGAGCUUGCUGCAGACCCUGAUGCUGCGCUGGCCCGUCAGGACCACAGGCGGACCAUGAUCGAGUCGCUGGUUGUCGAGGUCUCUUCGCUCCCACACUCGCAAACGCGCACCUUCGAUGUCGCAGAGCUCAUCCUAUCUCUCCCCAACCUGUCUCAUGUUGAGCUGUACCACGACUUCGAUCUGCCUCCUUACCGAAAACUCGACUUCAACAGCAAGAAGUGGACCUACGCGCCAGAGCUGCUCACCGCCCUCAGCACCGCGGGCGAUGGACACGCCGCUGUCCGUCUGAAGUCGUGGAAGUGGAGCGAGAGGAUGAUGGGUCCCGGCCUGCUCGAGGAGUUGUCGACAAUGCACUCGUGGAAGGUCUUCUCUCAGCUGCGCAAGCUUUCGUUUGUCAAUUUUCAGGUACCUUCCUUGAGAGAUAACAAAGACCCUAGCGAUGCCGAGGUCUUCGAACAAGACAAGAACUAUAUCAGCCUGGUCGCCGCGGCGCUGGCUCCCGUCGCCGGCCUCAAACACCUGGUCAUGGAGUCGUCGACUGUGGUGGACGGCCAGUUCCUAUCUCUGCUUCCCAAGACGAUCGAGCACCUUGAGAUCGUCAACUGCUGGGAGCUGACGGCUGACAUGCUGUCCGAGUACCUGGCGAGCCAUGGGCGGCCACUGCGCCGCUUGACGCUUCACCACAACCAGUCACUCAACCUGUCCUUCCUGCCGAUAUUGGGCCAGUGCUGCCCCGGGCUGCAGGAGCUGUCUAUGGAUCUCCUCACAUACAAUCACCACGAAUACUACAAGGAUUCGGAUCCGAUUUACGAUACCCUCCUCAAUGUCGAGGACGUCCCGGUGUGGCCCCAGACGAUCGAGAUCAUAGACCUCGAACAGCUUGCCAAGUGGGAUGCGGAUACGGCCGAGAUGUUCUUCCAAAGCUUCGUGGACCAGGCUCCGAAUCUGUCCAAUCUGAGGCACCUCGCUGUCAAGGCCAUGCUGGAUGUUCCCUGGCGACAGCGGUCUGAGUUCCGCGACAAGUGGGUGCGGAUCCUGAAGAAGGUCUUCCUGCGCAAGACGCAGAAGCCUCGGGCGUACCAUUCCCUCGUUCAGUGGCCGCUAGACGGAGCCCAGCCGAGCGAGCAGCAAUCACAGCCUGUGAAGGCCGACGAUUUCGACACCUCCCCAAUACGCCGCAGCACACGCAUUGCAUCCAACAACGACUUUGCGCCAGCCCCAUCACUACCCCCUCCGCCUCCUCCCCUUCAAACACCUACCGAGAACAAGGACAACAAGCGCAAACGUCAGCGCUCCUAUACACAGACCACCCGAGAUCUAAGGACGUCCAAGCGGGCCAACAUCUCUUAUCGAGACCCUGACACCGACGAGGAUCUCGAUCUAUCAUCGGAGGAGUCCGCGGAUGAUGAACAAGACGAACUGCAGCAAGAGCCGAUUAUCAUGUCAAGUCCUCCAGCCUCGCCUGUCUUAAGCGAGGAGGAGGAGGACACCUCAUCCGUGCACGGCCUCUGUGAUGUCGUCAACAUACGAUUUGACAACCAAAAACCACGAGAGUUUCAGUGGGGCGCAGAAGAUUUCCUCGAUGAUGACACCCGCGAGUCGGAUGAUGCCGAGUGGGCUUCGGACCGAGAUGUGGACGACGAAUCAGACACCUACGCUUGGUGA